AUUUUCUAGCAUUUUUUUAGACUUAGAAAUAAUCUGCAAGUUAUUUAAUCAAGCAUGUGUGUGUGUGCGUGAAUGUGUGUGCGCAUAAUUGCAUAAAUAUCCCUUAAAUAACUCUGCCUUUUCAUUGGCUGGAUACUGGAAGACUAAAUUUGGAUAUCAGUGGUUCUUUAUUGGUUGUUAUUAUUCGCGCCAAGAUAGGUCAUCAUUGUACAGCCAAUAUCUAAACAGAAUAUGCAAUAGGAUUGAUUUGCUGCUCGUUGAAUAACAUUCAAGUAACAGUUGGUACUUGUAAAUUCUCCAUAUUGGCCUUCUUCUCUUACUUUCUUUUUUCGUUUUUUUUUUAAUUAUCGAUUUUCCGAAGAUUACCGAUCGGAUCCGAAAAUGGACGAGACGUCGGUGCAUUAAUCUGGUAUUUUAUUCGCGCGAACAGUUCGUGACGCCCGCCCAGUUUAGUUACUAAUGAUCAUUUUAUGCAUACAGAAAUAUGCAGUUGUAUCGUUCGUAUCAACCGUCAUACACACAUAAACAUAUAUAAGUUUUAAGUAUUCCUUUUGAUUUUAAAUUAAUCAGUAAUCGUGUCGAUAGUAUUUGGUAAGAAAUGUCAGAACUUCGUAAAAGAACUGUAGAAGAUACGUCGUCCGCAGCUACGCGGGAUGUCAACGAUGAUCAGCUAGUAACAGGGAUACGUCAACAUUCUUUGCCCCCGCUAAAAGAAGAAAUUGAAUCGGAGGAUGAUGCCAAGUUGGAAGUGGAAGAUUUAUCAAAAACUUUGCCGCAAGGAACGCAUCAUACUCCCCAACUUUUAAACCCUGUUCUUUCUGGUCUUUCAGAUCGUUGGAAAAAUUGGAUCAUCAGAAGUAUUUCAACGUCAGUUAUGAUAGCUGUAUUUGGUUUUAUAAUAUAUGGCGGGCCAUUAGUACUUAUGAUCACGACAUUAAUAGUUCAAGUUAAAUGUUUCGAAGAGAUCAUUAAUAUUGGAUAUGCGGUAUAUAGAAUUCAUGGUUUACCAUGGUUCAGAUCGCUAUCCUGGUAUUUUCUGAUAACUUCUAAUUAUUUCUUCUACGGGGAAAAUUUAAUGGAUUACUUUGGAGUAGUGAUCAAUCAAACGGAAUAUUUACGCGUACUAGUGACAUAUCAUCGAUUUAUUUCAUUUUGCCUCUACAUCAUCGGUUUUGUAUGGUUUGUACUGUCGCUCGUAAAGAAAUAUUAUAUGAAACAAUUUUCUUUGUUCGCAUGGACACACGUCGCACUAUUAAUAGUAGUGACACAAAGUUAUCUCAUAAUACAAAAUAUUUUCCAAGGAUUAAUAUGGUUUAUCGUACCAGUGAGUAUGAUAGUUAUAAACGAUGUCAUGGCUUACAUGUUUGGAUUCUUUUUUGGAAGAACGCCUUUGAUCAAAUUGUCUCCAAAGAAAACGUGGGAAGGUUUCAUAGGUGGUGGUGUUUCAACAGUUAUCCUUGGAUUAUUGAUGUCCUAUGUUAUGUGCCAAUAUCGCUAUUUCGUUUGUCCUAUUGAAUAUAGCGAAGCUUUAGGUAGGAUGACAAUGGAUUGUGAACCAUCCAGUUCAUUCCAACCGCAAGAAUAUGUAUUACCAAAGAGUUUACAAGUAAUUACAAGAAUGAUCAAUGGAAAGGAGACCUUGACUUUAUAUCCCUUUUUACUUCAUUCUUUGUCAAUGUCUAUAUUUAGUUCAGUCAUUGGACCAUUUGGAGGCUUUUUUGCCAGUGGUUUCAAACGAGCUUUCAAAAUUAAGGACUUUGGAGAUGUCAUUCCUGGCCAUGGUGGAAUAAUGGAUAGAUUUGACUGCCAAUAUUUAAUGGCAACGUUCGUCAAUGUGUAUAUUUCGUCAUUUAUACAGACAGCUUCACCUCAAAAACUUUUACAACAGGUUUUUAGUUUAAAACCCGAACAACAGUUACAACUGUUUCAAUCUUUAAAAGAUUCUUUAGAAAACAGAGGUCUCAUAAAUAUGUGUUGAUUUAAAAGAGAAUACACAUUUCUUAAUAAUAAUAAUAAUAAUAAUUACAAGAAUUUCUGUAGCAUCACAUACAAUGAAUGUAUGAGAGAAAUAAUUACUCUGUCAUUUAACAGUGAGUAUCAUUCAACAAGAUGUGCAAUUGAUAUUGAUUGACCGGUAAAAAUGGAGGUUAGCUAAUAUCUGUUAUAAUCUCUUAUCAAAAGCGUAAAAGAAUUUUUAUGUUAUAAAAAAAAAAUGAAACAAUGCGACUGUGUGCAUUCCGCAUAAGUUAGACAAAAUAUUGUAAUUAAUUCUAUUCAUGCCUCUUAUUAAGAAAUGCUACCUUUUUCUUUUUUAGUAGCACAAGCCAAAGAAUAUUGCCUUUUAUUAAUACAGUUUUCUUUUUUUU